CUUUUCACAUGUACUGAGUGUGGAAAAUGUUUUACAAAAAUAAUUAGUCUGAAAAAUCAUGAAAGGAUUCACACAGGAGAAAAGCCUUUCACAUGUAAAGAGUGUGGAAAAUGUUUUAAACAAAUAAUUAAUCUGAAAACUCAUGAAAGGAGUCACACAGGAGAAAAGCCGUUCACAUGUACAGAAUGUGGAAAAAGUUUUACACUAAAGAGUAAUCUGAAAUCUCAUGAAAUGAUUCACACAGGAGAAAAGCCUUUCACUUGUACAGAGUGUGGAGUACAGUUUUCACAAAAGUACCAUCUCUUAACCCACAAAAGGAUUCACACAGGAGAAAAACCUUUCGUUUGUACAGAAUGUGGGAAAAUGUUUGCAGACAAGUCAGCUUUCCGAAGACACCAGAUUGUUCACACAGGGGAAAAACCUUUUACAUGUGCAGAGUGUGGAAAUAAUUUUACACUAAAGAGUAGUCUGAAAACUCAUGAAAGGAGUCACACAGGGGAAAAACCUUUUACAUGUGCAGAGUGUGGGAAAUGUUUUACACAUAAGAGUCAUCUGAAAUCUCAUGAAAGGAGUCACACAAAAGAAAAACCUUUACUGUGUUUAGAAGAUGGAAAAGGGUUUCUAUGCAAGUCAGGUAUCACAAUUCACCAAAUAUUUACACACAAAGAAACUUUAUAA